UCCACGCAUGCGUAAUUUGACACACAUGGCCGCCGGUUUGAAUCCCGGUUGCGCCAAAAUUAUUUCCGACCCGAUUUAUACGCUGUUUUCGCCCUUAUAAUCGAUAUCUUGGAGGCGAACUUCACCAAGAUGAUACGAAGUAAGAGAGAAGUGGACAAGCAUGUUGCCAAAGUGGAACGCAACGUGCACAACCCGAGAGAGAAAGCGCUGAAAGGAUAUGGUAUCGCCAGGCUCUACUUUGAAGCCAAAGAGUAUGACCAGGCCAGAAAGUACCUAGCAGGGUACAUCGGAGUGAGUAACAACGAUGCCAAAGCCCACAGGUUCAUGGGCCAGCUGUGGGAAACCUCACAGGAACACAGCAAGGCACUAGGCUGUUAUAAAAGAUCUUUGGAAAUAAAUCCAGCCCAGAAGGACCUCGUUCUAAAAGUGGCAGAGGUUUGCUGCUCUGUAGAGGAAGAUCCUCAGAGGAUGCAGUACUGGGCAGACAAGGCAGGGGCGCUGUUCCCAGGUCAUCCGACUGUUUUCAACCUGAAGGAGAGAAUCAUGACAUCACAAGGCGGUAGUGUGGAUGAUAUGGAAGAUCUGAUUGGUGAACAAAUGGCUGCCCAUCCAAAAGAUGCCCAUCUGCAUAUCCGCCUGAUCAAGCUGUACCGGGACAACGAUAGAAUGGAGGAGGCGUAUGAUCACUGCACGUCCGUGGAGCGCACACGAGUCUUCAAGGAUAGCGCAGAGUGGUACGGCUGCAUGGCUAAUACACUACAGACAUAUCUAGACCAGAGGACCCCGCCCUCUCCAGACGACACCCACACGUUGUACAUCCAGCUUCUGUCAGCUCUGUCCAGUUUGGUCCGACUCAAGCUGGCUGAGACCAGUAUCAGCCAGUGCUCUGAUGUCCUCAGAAGAUUUGACCGUUGCCUGCUCACAGCAAGCCAGCUGACUGCUCCAGUGGGUGGGGAGGGGGGUGAGGAGUGGAGAGUUGUACUGGAGGAGAUGACAGGACAGAUCUACUGGUUAGCUGGGACACUGCUGCUCAAACAGGCACAGCAGGGCCAGCUGACAUGGACAGAUGCCAUGCCUCUGGUGACAGCUUGCUACUUAGUCAGCUACCAAUCAGCAGCUCCCGACACACGGGCGCCCUGGGUUACCAUGGCAGACCCCGCCCGGCAACUGCCCCCACCCACCUGCUGGUAUGACAUGGCCUGUUGCAGACUCAGCCAAGUUGGCCACAUGCUAGAGACUCUACAAGUAGAACAGGGCAGUGACUGGGUGGAAGACUGCCAACUAAAGUUCUGUAAUCCACAGGGCCGAGAGCGGGUGUUCUACGUCCUGUUUGGCUAUGGGACAGACAACAACCGUUCGUUCCUCCUUACCAGCGGCUCCUUCUCUCGUCAGGACAUCGAGCUACCUGACACAGACGAUCUCAUACAAUAUGACAUGGUGGCUGUCCAUGACCAGCCGGGUGAGCUCCAGCCUGUGGUGUGGCUGGGCUUACAGUGGUUCAGCGCUGAGGACAACAUCCAGCCAGACUGUGGACUGUGGGUUUCUCGGCUCUUCCCUGAUCUACAGUUCACCACGACAGAUCUCAAGUCAGGAGCUCCGCUGUCAGUUUGCCUUCUAGAUAUCCAGGUACUGUAAACCCUUCUGUAACUU